ACCGGCCUCGCCAGAGCUCGGCACAGCUCCCCCCUUCAUUUAAAGCUACAAACUUCGUUUAAAGCGGCGGGAGGUUUUUGUUUCGACUCCCUUCUUUUAAAACUCCCCUCUCCCCACGGGAGUGCAUUUUCGGAUAAGCACGUGUACUUUGGAUACAGUGCCCGCGUGCCCGCGCGCGUGUGUGUGUGCCACGGUAUACUUGCUCGUGUGCGGAAUACUUCACCCACGUGUGCGGCACCAUCGUCCCGGGGUGCUGGUCGCAGCAGGGGAGGAGUGGCGUGCACGGAGUUUGUUAGAAUUAGCUCUUCCCCGGCAUAGUUUGGGGGGGGGGGGGGGUGGACGACGACUUCAAAUUGUUGGACACUCCGGGGUGGACUGGGUGAGCUGGGCGGCAUUUGCAAGUUAGCUGUUCCCGUGCUGCGUCUAGGUUCUAAGUUUUAAAAGAGCCCGCGACACACAUGGAUUUACGGGAUCUGCUGCUGCUCCUGCUGCUGCUGCUGAUGCCGCCGGUCUUCGUGCAGUCGGCGCACGGCGACGCAGCGGCCGGGAGGGCUGUCCACGACUCUCCCCACCGGCCAGUGGUCUCGCUGGGCCGCGAGCCGCGGGAGAUGGCCCUCGUGACGCCCGUUCGCACCGACCCCAGCGGCCUCUUCUCCUCCCACCGGCUCUCGGCGGGCGCCGGCACGGGCACGGGCGCCGGUACCCGCGUCCGCAGGAGCGCUGACGCGGACAGCGAAGACAGCGUCUACUUCAACGUCACCAUCUUCGGGCGCGAACUGCACCUCCGGCUGAAGCGUAACGGCCGGCUGCUGGCGCCCGGCGCCUCCGUGGAGUGGCAUGAGGACGGGGAGGAGAGCGCCGGCGGGACCUUGCGCCGGGAGGCACUGCUGCACGGGUGUUUGUACACGGGCGAGGUGGACGGGAUGCCCGGCGCCAGUGCCGCUAUCAGCAACUGCGACGGCCUGGCCGGCCUCAUCCACACGCAGGACGACGACUUCUUCAUCGAGCCGCUGGAGCGAGGACGUCGGGCGGAGGAGACUGAGGGAGGGGAGGGAGGCCGCACGCACGUCGUGUACCGCCGGUCCGCCGCUGCCGCCGGCGCCUUCCCGCACAACGUCACGUCCGCGCCAGGCCCCGCCACCGGUGUCCCGGGGGCCGACGGGCCGGCGGGCGCGCUGGCGGACGGCCUGCGCCACCUCGAGGGCGUGGUGGAGGACCGCGUGCGGGAGCGGGCGCGGGCCCGCCGGCACACGGCCAGCGAGGACUACAACGUGGAGGUGCUGCUGGCGGUAGACGACUCGGUGGUGCGCUUCCACGGCAAGGAGCACGUGCAGAACUACCUGCUCACGCUCAUGAACAUCGUGAACGAGAUCUACCACGACGAAUCGCUGGGGGCGCACAUCAACGUCGUGCUCGUCAGGAUGGUGAUGCUGGGCUACCGGCAGUCGAUCAGCCUGAUCGAGCGCGGGAACCCGGCGCGGAGCCUGGAGCAGGUGUGCCGCUGGGCGUAUGGGCAGCAGCGUGCGGACGUGGAGCACGCGGAGCACCACGACCACGCCAUCUUCCUCACCCGCCAGGACUUCGGUCCGGCAGGUAUGCAAGGCUACGCUCCGGUCACGGGGAUGUGCCACGCCCUGCGGAGCUGCACGUUGAACCACGAGGAUGGCUUCUCCUCCGCCUUCGUGGUGGCGCACGAGACCGGCCACGUGCUGGGCAUGGAGCACGACGGGCAGGGGAACCGCUGUGGGGACGAGACCAGCAUGGGCAGCAUCAUGGCGCCGCUGGUGCAGGCCGCGUUCCACCGCUACCACUGGUCGCGCUGCAGCCGGCAGGAGCUCGCGCGAUGCCUGCACUCGUACGACUGCCUGCUGGACGACCCCUUUGAGCAUGACUGGCCGACGAUGCCCGAGCUGCCCGGCAUCAACUACUCCAUGGACGAGCAGUGCCGCUUCGACUUCGGCGUGGGAUACAAGAUGUGCACGGCCUUCCGGACGUUCGACCCCUGCAAGCAGCUGUGGUGCAGCCACCCCGACAACCCCUACUUCUGCAAGACGAAGAAGGGGCCUCCGCUCGACGGCACGGAGUGCGCGCCGGGCAAGUGGUGCUUCAAGGGUCACUGCAUCUGGCAGACGGCGAUCCAGCCUCUCCGCCAGGACGGCAGCUGGGGCUCGUGGAGCCGCUUCGGCGCCUGCUCGCGCUCCUGCGGCGUCGGCGUGCGCUUCCGCACGCGCCUCUGUGACAACCCCGAGCCGACGCACGGUGGGCGCGACUGCGCCGGCAAGAGCUACGAGUACCAGCUGUGCAACGUGGAGGACUGCCCCGGCGCGCACCACGACUUCCGCGCCCAGCAGUGCCAGCUGCAGAACACGCACUUCGAGGUGGCCGGCACGCGGCACCACUGGCUGCCCUACGAGCACCCCAACGAGCUGCAGCUGUGCGAGCUGCACUGCCAGUCCCGCGAGACGGGCGAGGCGGUCUACACGAAGCAGCUGGUGCACGACGGCACGCGCUGCUCCUACCGCAACCCCUAUGGCGUGUGCGUGCGGGGGGCCUGCGUGACCGUCGGCUGUGACAAGGAGCUGGGCUCCAGCAAGCAGGAGGACAAGUGUGGGGUGUGCGGAGGAGACAACUCGCACUGCCGCACCGUCAAGGGCACGUUCACGCGCACGCCCAAGAAGCCCGGUCUCCUCAAGAUGUUCGACAUCCCCGCCGGAGCGAGGCACCUGAUGGUGAACGAAGCGGAGGCAUCGCCCCACAACCUGGCUGUAAAGAACCAGGCGACGGGGCAGUUCGUGCUGAGCGGGAAACCGCGGGAACGCGAGCGCAGCCCCCGCACCUUCAUCGACCUGGGCCUGGAGUGGGACUACUCCGUGGAGGACGGCAAGGAGUUCCUGCGCUCCACGGGGCCUCUGCCCGAGCCCAUCGUGGUGCUGAUCCUGCCCCAAGACAACGAUACCAAGUCGAGCCUCACGUACCGCUACAUCAUCCACGAGGACUCGCUGCCGCCCGUCGGCAACAACAACGUCCUGCAGGAGGCCGAGGCCUACGAGUGGGCCCUCAAGAGCUGGACGCAGUGCUCCAAGCCAUGCGGCAGCGGUAUACAGUACACCAAGUAUGGCUGUCGGCGCAAGUCCAACAUGAAGAUGGUGCACAAGAGCUUCUGCAACGGCAGUCGCAAGCCCAAGCCCAUCCGGCGACGCUGCAACCUUCACGAGUGCACCCAACCCAGGUGGGUGGCGGAGGAGUGGGAGCACUGCACCAAGACGUGCGGCAAGGCGGGCUACCAGAUGCGCACGGUGCGCUGCGUGCAGGCCAUGCACGACGGCACCAACCGCUCGGUGCACAGCAAGUACUGCACCGAGGAGCGGCCCGACACUCGGCGCUCCUGCAGCCGCACGCCCUGCCCCGCGCAGUGGCGCACGGGGGCCUGGUCGCAGUGCUCGGUGUCGUGCGGCGAGGGCAUCCAGCAGCGGCAGGUCCUGUGCCGGGCGAGCGACAACUCCAUCGGCUCGUGCGACGGGGACAAGCCGGACGCCGUGCGAGUGUGCCGCCUCGUUCCCUGCGCAGGGAAGGGUGGCAUGGCCCAGGCCGAGACGGCGGUGCAGAGGAAGCCGCGCAUCACGUGGCUCUCCCGUCCCGACCCGGAGAGCCCCAUUCACAAAAUCUCACCAAAAGAGCCAUGCCAGGGCGACAAGUCCAUCUUCUGCCAGAUGGAGGUGCUGGCGCGCUACUGCUCCAUCCCCGGCUACAACAAGCUGUGCUGCGAGUCCUGCAGUAAGCGCAAGGCCUCCUCCUCCUCCGUCACCACCAAGCCGGGCGAGCCACGGGGCGACCGCCCGGACCCCACGCUCUCCCCGCUCGACGCGCCGUCGUCCGAACACGGCAACGCCGCGGCCGCCGUCCCCGGUGCGGUGGGACGCCCGGGACCCGGGGCGCCGACGACGGCGGACGAGUUUUUGCGACGGCGGGACACGAACGACGACGGCUACACGGAGGAGGACUUCGAGCCGGUGCAGAUCGUGGAGGUGGUGGCGCCGCCGUGGGGAGAGGGAGACGGCCACCGCCGGGAAGGAGGAGAGGACGGGACGGCCGACGGGCCACGCGGCCAGACAUGAGGACCCUCCCGCCGGCCCGGCCGCCCCCCCCCCCCCCCCCCCGGUUUGCGAACGCCGAAUUGCCUUCCCUGCGGUCGCGGGGAGAGACGGGCACGCUCGCGUCGCACGUUUGUCGAAAACGAGCACUUUUGAGGAUACGACUUAUUCUUCUUCUUCCGUCACCGGCCAUCCAUGCCGCCGCAGCCCGGGGGCAGCGCGUGGAUCAUGUGCGCACCGCUGGACACUGGAGUGAGCGUUGGAUCACUUCACGGCGCGCGCCCCUGGCUUCAACGACCAUCUCAAACAUUUCAAUAUCCCCCCUCUGCUUCUAGCUCUGGACUCCGUUCCGCUUGCUGUGGUUUAUUAUUUUUAUUAUUCUCAGCAUUAACUUUUUAUUGUAGAAGUGGACUUUUCUCCACCCCCCCACCCCCUUGUCCAGUUAAGUGGACCCGUUCACUUUGAAUUUGCACAACCACAACCGCCCCCCCCCCUACCCCCACAUGGCAUUUUCACAAAACGCAGGCAUUUAACAAUUAACACGAAAUUCAUCCCGUUAGACGUGUACAAUUAACCAGUCGUGUUGGCAGGGGGGGGGGGUAGUGGAAAGAAGGGCCACUAAGCAGAAUGUGUUUCGCAUUAGGGGUCAUUCUCAAGCCAAUUAAGCACUGUACAUACCUCUCACACGUCAGUAUUUGCGCAAUCCGCAACGGCCGCGUGCAGAACCCGUCCCCGUGCGUUUGGGAAUGGGGGGGGGGGGAGCGGCGCUCGAGUUUGUAGUUUGAAAGUUUCGUUUUGCCUUGGAAGCUGCACACAAACGGUUCAUGUUAACGUGAAACACUCGAGCAACGCCAUUUGAGACUUGUAUAGUACGUGUACAUAUAUGGAACAAAGCAGAGCGAUACUAUUUAUUGGCCUCUUGUCGUUAGCAAGCUACAGGUUUUGUUUUGUAAUAAGCUGCUUUAGUGUAACUAAAUGAUUUUUUUUUUAAAGCACCACCUCAGUUGUAUUCCUGUGUAUUGGCAGCAAGUGUAAAGUAUUCAGGGAGGGCUCCCCAAAGCGCACGUUUUCUCUUCGUCUUUAGCAGUUUUUAACCCUACGCCGCUCCUUUUGCACCUUAUUUAAAACGUCCUCUCCCGAGCUGGAGCUGCAGGCACAAACGGAGAAGCCGUCGACGGAAGAGCCCGCCGGGACCGAUCCGUGCCGAGCGUCGGCGAGAGCCGGGACCCGGUUACGUCACGUGAUGUAAAUAAAAACUUCAUGCAGAUGCA